UCCCAGUAACCUGUAUGACCUAGUGAGAAGCUACCUCCAGGAUCGGACAUUGAAAAUUAGUUUAUUUGCAUCAAGUUGGUCGACGUUUCAUGUAUUUUAAACUUGAGCUAAAUUAUUUUCUUGGGUUGAAGUUUAAUAACCUCUAAUAAACUACCUCACUGUUGAAGAGCAGGGCUAUUCUUCCUUAGAAGGUAACAAUUUCAAAAUAGUGAUAUAAAUAUUACCCUGACAGCAUGAAGUCGACUAGUGAUUUUAAUGACUGUUAGUUGGCAAUUAAUUUGAAAAGAAACUAUUUUUUUUUUCAAUUAUAUAUGUUUUCCUAUCUCCAAUUCAGUCUUUUGUAUGAAAUGUCAAUGAAAACUUGUGAAAAUAUCCAUAAAGAACUCAUAAAUUGCAUUACUGUUGAUGACAGUUUAGUAUUUGUGUCCAACACAUUCAAAGAAUUUAAAACAGACUAUGAAAGAGUGACUGAAAGUUAUUGCCUUUUACGUAACUAUAAUCUUUUACCUGACUUUAGCUCUAAAGAUAAUGGAGAAAAAAGCUCAGCAGCUUCUGAAAGACACAGAAAUGAUGGCAACAGAGCAUUUGUUCAAAAGGAUGACAUGUCAGCCAUGUAUCAUUAUACUAGAGCAAUUGGUUUUGCUUUACCUGGUGGGAAGGAAAUUUCUAUUGCAUUUGCCAAUCGUUCUGCUGUGACUUAUUCCUUAGGAGACUUUACAGAUGUAGUAAAGGAUAUUGACUGUGCUCUGCAAGGAGAUUAUCCUGACCGUUUGAAGUUUAAGUUGUGGGAACGUAGAGGAAAAGCCUUUUUGGAACUUGGAAAUCUUUUAGAAGCACAAGCUUCUUUUGAGAGUGCUAUUAUUUGGCUUACGAAAAGUAAACUUGAUGAGGAUAAACGCAAUGUUGCAAAAGCUCAAUUGACAUCUCUUCUUCAACAAUCUUCUGGUGGUUGUUUUAAAACUGUUGAUGUUCCAACUACAGUCUUACCACAGUUGACUCAUGGUCCUAACCCUUAUUUGCAAAGUGGAUCUAAUGCAAUCGAAGUUGAGUACUCUUCUUAUAUGGGCCGGCAUAUUGUUGCAAAAGUUGAUAUUAAUCCAGGUGAUGUACUUGCUGUGGAAAAACCUUAUUCAUCAAUAUCUUUACCUAGUAGUUAUUUCUUUUUUUGUUUCUACUGUCAUAAAAGAUGUCAUUCUUUGUUACCUUGUUUCCAGUGUACAUUGGUUUUUUUUUGUGAUGAAAAGUGUCGAAAUGACUGUUGGGAAGAGAGUCACAGUAUUGAAUGCAAUAUAUUACCAUCCUUGUUAAUGUUGGGAUGUGAUAAACUUGAACUACUUGCCUUAAGAGUUUUAAUAAAAGCAACAGAGAAAGGAAGCAAACUCAUUCAGCUGGCCACAUCACUUAGUGAAAUAGAGUCGUUUGAUAAACCUAGUCGAAAGGGUUUUAAUGACAGUGUUUAUAUUUCUGAUAACUACAAAUCCAUUCAUAAUUUGGAAGGCAAUACUGAUUUAAGAAACAUCAGUUAUCUCUUUGGUAGAUCAAUAUUUGCUGCUUGCAUUUUACAUAUUCUGGACGUAAAUACAAAUUUUUUCCAAAAAGGUUUGAUAGAUAAGGUUUCUACCUUAAGAAAAUUCCAAGAACUGGAAGACGUUGCAGAUUUACGUUGGGAUAAAGUUUUUACUGGUGGAUUGAUUUUGAAGUAUCUCCAAAGUAUGGCUAGUAAUGCGCACGAAAUCUCUGAAAUGCGUGUUAUACCUGGAAAUGAAACUAAAACUGAGAGUUCUGAAAUAGGGAGUGCUGCUUAUUCCUUGUUAAGUCUCAUCAACCAUUCAUGCGACCCCAAUGUUGUCAGGCAUAGUUACUUUGGAUCGACAGUUGUUCUCAGAGCGAUUCAAGUUAUUAAAAAAGGUGAACAGAUAUUUGAUAAUUAUGGAUUCCACCAUGCUACUCAUUCGAAGGAGGAACGACAUUCACAUUUAAGAUCUCAGUACCUCUUCACUUGCCAAUGCAUUGCUUGCACCGAAAAUUGGCCUCUUUAUGGGAAUUUGCCAGAUAGGAAUCCAAUUAUUCGUGAUCUGGUUGAUGUAGCUAGCCUCGAGGAGUCCUCCAAGAAGUUUAGGAAUAUAUUGUAUAACAUCAUUUCCAGCCAUGAUACGGAGAAGCUAGCUGAAUGGUUGGUGUUCCUCUACUCUCACCUCAAACUAUUACAGGCGAGCAUAGCUAGGCCUUGGAAGGAGUACAGUGAAUGCCAAGAAGCGAUCAAGCAGUGCCUUUCUCUUCAGGCCAAUCACUAUGUUUACAAAACUUGUCCUUUAUCCCUCAUGAUGAUAAGAGAUUAUGACAUCGGUGUAUCUCCUUUUUAAUUGAUUUUAUUAGUUCAUUCGCUACGAUGGCAUAAUCGUGAUUUUAUAUUUGUAUUUAACUUAACCUAUAAGAUUUUCUGUUUUUUAUUUUUAUUUUACUCUUAUGUUUCAAACAACCAACCGUGACCAAUGAUGAAUUAUUCAAAGUGUAGUGCACUUCAAACGUAUUUUGUUUAUGAAUAGUAAAAUAUAAGCGCAACAUCUACAAGUACCUUUUCUGUUUAAUUUUUAUUACAAGGUAUAGUUUAAUUUUAUUUGGUUAUUAUCCAGAGGCUAGUUUUUAUUCAAUUAAUAAAUAACAU